AGAAAGAGUCUUGCCAAGACGCACAAGACAUCUCUCUCAGAUGACCUUAGUUUUAAGUUUUUAAUUUUCUGUUCUUUCUUCAUAGUAAUUCAGAUAACCUGCCUGUCGAGUGCACUUCUAAAUCAGAGCUGCAGAAUGCAUGAGGGUGAUGCACUACUGGCUGGUCAUUCCUCAUCUCCAGCACAGAAUGGAUCAAAGAUACCUGGACCUCCGAGUUCUCCACCCACGACCAUUCAGCCUCAAACUACAACCGCAGAGAGUUUGGCUCAUAGCAUCAGAAGCAAGUUUCUGAAUAAGCUUCAUAAAGUCCCAUUACCAUCCUGGGCUCUGGUGGCCCUCGGCUUCCUCAUAGUCCUCAUCACGCUCAGCUGCUGCCUGUGUUUCUGCAAGAAGAUGGUAUUUAAGAAGAAAAAGGAAAAGGGUGGAAAAGAGAAAAAUGAAAAGAACACCAUUAACCUGUCAAAUGUGAAAGAGGACAGAACAAAACAGCAUGAGCAGUUAGGUGAUGUUUGCUUGUCUCUGCGCUACGUACCCACUGCUGGAAAGCUGACUGUUGUCGUUCUGGAGGCCAAAAACCUCAAAAAAAUGGAUGUGGGUGGUCUCUCGGACCCAUAUGUAAAAAUCCACCUGAUGCAGAACGGCAAAAGACUGAAGAAAAAGAAAACCACAACUAAGAAGAACACACUGAACCCAUAUUACAACGAAUCAUUUAGCUUUGAAGUGCCAUCUGAGCAGAUUCAGAAAGUGCAGGUUGUGGUGACAGUCCUGGACUAUGACAAAAUUGGGAAGAAUGAUGCCAUUGGAAAGGUGUUCAUUGGACUGAACAGCACAGGAACAGAGCAACGCCAUUGGUCAGAUAUGUUAGCCAAUCCAAGACGACCCAUCGCCCAAUGGCACGCCCUUAAACCUGAAGAGGACGUGGAUGCCGAACUGACAAAGAAAUGAAGCUGUGCGGUUUUUGUGUGAGCAUGUGUAUACUGAAAUAUUCAGCGGUUUGCUUUCAUUUGUGAAGUUUGUGUGUAUAUGUAUGCAUGUCUGUGUAUGUGGGGAAAGUCUGAGGUAGAUCUGGUAAAAUCUCAUCUCUUUCAGCCACAUUAAUAACCAGAACCUCACUAAUUUUCAGUAUCUUGUGUGCAACAUGUACAAAGACACAUUAAAUGAUGUAUUAAAGGAGUACAAACUGUCUUAGACCACAUGAAACAGCAUUCACAAUGCAACAUCUGUAAUAAUACCAUAUUCCUGAGUAAAACAGAAUAUUCAUGAGGAAAUAAUGAAA